AGCCUUCACAUGUGGGUAACUUGGGCAGUCAGCUUUUGUUGAAUCAACAUUGAUGCAUCUCAAUCUGACAGCCGUUCCCACGCUGGCUGAUCCUCUGCCAAAGUAUUGUUUUUGAAUGCGACUCUGCAGACACAGCCGGCUGCUAGAUGCUAGGCUGCGAGUGACCAAUCCUUCACGUUUCAAGACAUUCAUAGGCUAGACCGAAACUCCCAAGUAGCAUGAUUCCGUGUAAGAGAACACAAUGCAUCGGGUUCAGGCUUACCACAACCAGGUAGCGAUAGAGGUUGUGCUUCUGCAAUCGGUGUUACCAUAGCGCGUGCUCAAGGGCAAAGCCGCCGACCAGCUCUCGUCUGUUGUUAUUUUGCAUUCAUUCGUUACCGAACCGUCCGUUUCGUGUUCUGGCUUCUUACUCGUCGGCCGACAAGCAACUCCUCUGCCGGCUUGUCCACAGCCGUCUUGACAAGUCGUCGCUCACCAUUGACAGGCUCGCCAGGAUGGAGGAGGGGGUGCGCCAUUGCUCCACUUUGAAAGCUCACUGCUGCAUCUGUUGAUUCGGGCAUCCCGUGGCAGCCUUGGGAUGUUGGUUGAGAAGAUCAUACCGUGUGCUGAUGAAGGAGAUGGAGCUGGAGCGUUAUGGAAGGCAAUUGGGGGAGGCUUGCGCCGUUGAAACCUUGGUGUUUAACCAACAUGAGCUAAAGAGCAGAUCUCAAGGCCUCGACAAGUGGCCCACAAAGGGCAGACGCCAGGCCACGUUCUGUGAAUAUCUGCAGUACGGCGCGUCUGAUGGUGACGGGAGACUGGGAGGGGAAGGGAUCGAGGAUCAGUCGGAUUGGUUGAGGAAGCGUAAUCAGCCGGCUUUGUGGGAGAACAAGCUGUAG